AUGCAUCUUGAGAAGGUACAUUCGACAGCCUAUGUAAUCGAUAUCACGGCACUUUUCAUCUCUCUACUCAACUUCUUACUCUGUCUGAUUGAAGCUGUGAAAGUUACCUAUUCUAUCGUUACGAAAAAUCGUGCCCGGCUUACAUCCGGACAGCCUUCUUUGCGCACGGAUCGUAUAUCUCUAUCCGCAAAAGUUGGCUCUUCGCCGAACAGCCGACCCAAUUCUUCGUUCCAGACGAGUAGACAGCUGGAAGAAUAUCUUCGUACAAGUCCACUGUGCGAAGAAUCGCCGUGCAACAGCAUACCGCCACAUUCAGCAUCGUUCGGACCCGAAGUCUCCGCCGCGUACAGUCUUAGACUUUCGCCGCCGUUUCGUUUUUUACGUUCCGGAAGCACAAAUUAUGAAAUGGGGACUGCUAUGUUCGCUGACGAGCAGGGAAAAUCGACAUCUGAUGAGAACAGUGUUGUCUCGCUGGUAACAGGAAGUCGUAUUGUGGCCACUGAAAAGCGCAUUUCUUUAUCGCCAAUUCCAUUGAAUUUGAUUGAUGCUGACAACGAACUGAUUAGUGGAAACGACAAAGGCGUUGCUAGCGACGGGACAGAUGUUGCACGAAAUGCUUACAACGAUAGCAUUACAUUUCGUGUCCAGUAUUUCAUAUUUUGCUUUGAUAGGUACAAAUUGGAUGCAGAAACCCUGGCUUUCGCGGAACGCAACUUACGCUCAUGGAUUUGUCAAACUAUACUGCGACCACUUAUUGCAAAAAUUGAUGAAGUUAAUGCAGUCCUUGCUAAGGUAUUUGUUUUUCCCGUGUUGUAA